AUCCUCACUCUUCCAUCUUCUUGCUGAACGAUGAUUUUCCGGCGAGCACUUGCUAACGUUCUAGGGGGACUCCGGCAAUCGUCGUAUGUUCCGUUAUUCUGGGGAAGAAGUAGAAAAGGAUCCAUCUUCCCCUCCUAUCCAGUUCUCCAGUCUAUUAACCAACACGGCUUUGGAGGUGAUAGUAGGCACCAAUUCAAAUGGAUAUUUCUAUUUGGACAAGCUGCAAUCCUUCUCGGAGGACAAACUUGUUUUGCAAUGGCUGAAGAUGUAUCAACUCUAAGUUCUAAAGAUGCAAAUGAGGCGACAAUAGCUGAAUUUAAAAAAAUUGAGGACGGUUCUAUCACGUCCAAUAUUCACACUCAAAAAUGGAGAGUCUUUACAGACUCUGGGAGGGAUUCUUUUUUACAAGGAAAGUUGGAGCACGCCGAGAAACUUUUUCUGUCUGCCAUAGAAGAAGCCAAAGAGGGUUUUGGGGACAGAGAUGCACAUGUAGCAUCUGCCUGUAACAAUUUGGCAGAGCUAUAUAGAGUAAAAAAGGAAUUUGGAAAAGCAGAACCACUGUAUUUGGAGGCAAUCAGUAUCCUUGAGGAGUCAUUUGGACACGAGGAUAUACGGGUUGGGGCAGCCCUUCACAAUUUAGGUCAAUUCUACCUUGUGCAACGAAAUUUGGAGCCAGCUCGUGUUUGCUAUGAGGAUGAACCUGUUUACUAUGGCGUUGCUCCCUUUCUACCUGGUCUCAUACAGCGUGCUUUAAAGAUAAAGAGGCGGGUCUUGGGGGAAGCUCACCCUGACUAUGCUGAUACAAUGUAUCAUCUUGGAACUGUUCUACGAAUCCAAGGGAAAGAGAAAGAUUUUGAAGAUCUUGUUCUGGAAUCCAUUCGAAUUCUUGAGGAGGGUGACCAAGGUGAAUCUUACAUAUGCACCAAACGGAUGCGUCAUCUUGCCGAGAUAUAUUUGAAGUCCAACCGAAUUUCCGAGGCAGUAAACCUACAGAGAAAGAUCUUGCAUAUCAUGGAACUAUCAAAGGGAUGGGGAUCUCUAGACACCAUAGCUGCCGCAGAACACCUUGCUUUAUCCCUUCAGAAUCUGGGGAACUUAACAGAUGCUCAACAGCUUCUAGAAAGGUGUCUUAAUUCUCGGAAAACUCUACUCUCUGAAGAUCACAUUGAGAUUGCAUGCAAUUUGCUUCAUAUUGCUAGACUGAAAAUGCUCAGCUCCAACAAACUAAGGAUGAAAAAUGUUCUUCAAGCAACCACUGAGCUUGAUAUGGCAAAGGAUCUUUUAAGCACAUCGAUUAGGGUAGCUCGGAAAUAUCUAUCUCAAACAAUUAAAGAGAAAGGACAGAAGACGCCUUCUAGAGUUCCCAGGCAAACUGGAAGAGAUCGGCAGUUUGCGCUAAUGGUCCUGUUGCAAUCACUUAAUGCUCAUGCUCUGUUGGAGGUGGCAAAGGCAGAACUUGAGAAUUCGAAGGCGGAUUGUCUUGUCAACAAUGAAGCUGAGAGUGCUCUUCGCCAAUGCAUUUCUGCUUUCAGGGAGUAUGAGACAGAAAAAUCACUGGCUGCUCAAGUUCCUCAUCAAGUCAAAGCUGAGUACCUAUCAUGCUUGAAGUGUCUGUUAGGCCUAGUAAUUGGUGGUGGCAGUGGUGAUGGCAAAUCCCAACAGAUCACUGAUCAGACCAGAAGAGCAGAUCUACAACAGCUGAAAGACGAAAUUAAUCGCAUUGAAGGGGAACUCAUCAGCAGAAGGAAGACAGAUAAACAAGUUUAAUUUUCUAAAAUUUAUUUUAUUUUUAUUUUAAAAAACAUUUUGAAUAAAUAUAUACUCUACAAAGCAUUUUUUUAAAUGACCAAUGCCUUCUUUACCUAAUGGAUAUUAUGUUAAUAUCAUUUUUCAAUCUAUAAGUUUCAAUAAUUUCAAUUAUUCAAACAACACAGUGGAUAUUUUUCUUCUUCUUCAUGAAUACAAGGACAAUGAACAUUGUGGACAUUG